CGGGCUGAGUCGGGAAAGGGCGGUCGGGCUUCCCUAGGGAGGGGCGAGCGAGAGCCCGCGGGGCCAGGCAGCGACCGAGGAGCGCGGCCGCUCAUCCCGCGUACCGGAGCCCGCACCCGCCGCCCGGUCCUCUGGGAUGUCCGAGGGACCCAGGCUUCCAGGACGGUGACCGCGCGAGCCGGAGGAUGGGACGGCCCCCGCAGCUCCGGCUAGUCAAGGCCCUUCUCUUCCUGGGGCUGAACCCCAUCUCCGCCUCGCUCCAGGACCAGCAGUGUGAGGGCCUGUCCCUGGCCAGCAACAUCUCCGGACUGCAGUGCAAUGCAUCCGUGGACCUCAUUGGCACCUGCUGGCCCCAGAGCCCCGCAGGGCAGCUGGUGGUUCGGCCCUGCCCAGCCUAUUUUUACGGCGUCCGAUACAACACCACAAACAACGGCUACCGGGAGUGCCUGGCCAACGGCAGCUGGGCGGCCCGCGUGAACUACUCCGAGUGCCAGGAGAUCCUCAGUGAGGAGAAGAAGAGCAAGGUGCACUACCAUGUCGCUGUCAUCAUCAACUACCUGGGCCACUGCGUCUCCCUGGUGGCCCUCCUGGUGGCCUUUGUCCUCUUUCUGAGGCUCAGAAGCAUCCGGUGCCUCAGAAACAUCAUCCACUGGAACCUCAUCUCAGCCUUCAUCCUGCGCAAUGCCACGUGGUUUGUGGUUCAGCUCACCAUGAGCCCCGAAGUCCACCAGAGCAACGUGGGCUGGUGCAGGUUGGUGACAGCCGCCUACAACUACUUCCAUGUGACCAACUUCUUCUGGAUGUUUGGGGAGGGCUGCUACCUGCACACGGCCAUCGUGCUCACGUACUCCACCGACCGGCUGCACAAGUGGAUGUUCAUCUGCAUCGGCUGGGGUGUGCCUUUCCCCAUCAUCGUGGCCUGGGCCAUUGGGAAGCUGUACUACGACAACGAGAAGUGCUGGUUUGGCAAAAGGCCUGGGGUUUAUACCGACUACAUCUAUCAGGGCCCCAUGAUCUUGGUCCUGCUGAUCAAUUUCAUCUUCCUCUUCAACAUCGUCCGCAUCCUCAUGACCAAACUUCGGGCGUCCACCACAUCUGAGACCAUUCAGUACAGGACGAGGUCUCCCGGGUUGUCUUCAUCUACUUCAACUCCUUCCUGGAGUCCUUCCAGGGUUUCUUCGUGUCUGUGUUCUACUGUUUCCUCAACAGCGAGGUCCGCUCUGCCAUCCGGAAGAGGUGGCACCGCUGGCAGGACAAGCACUCCAUCCGCGCCCGUGUGGCCCGGGCCAUGUCCAUCCCCACCUCCCCGACCCGGGUCAGCUUUCACAGCAUCAAGCAGUCCACGGCCGUCUGAGCCGGAGGGCCAUGGGACGGCCCCGAGCUCUCCAGUGGGGAAGAGGGUGGCCAGGCUCAGCCGGCGGCCAUGUCUGUGGAGGGGACCAGCUCCUGCCCACUCUGUACCUUCAGGGGCAUUGGCAUUGAGACCUGGGGGCCUCCUCCCUGACCCCAGCUGAGUGGGAGUUCUGGCCUGUGAGACCAGCCACACUCUGGGCCACAGGACAGAUGGAAAGUAACCCAUAAGGCUGGGCCCACGGCCUCUGGCUGCCCCACGCCCCAGUCCUUCCUGGCGAUGGAGUAGGAAUGGGCAGCCAGGAAAUCCAAAGCAACACAUGGGCCCCUCCACGGGGUGUCUUCUCCCAGAGCACAAGGUGGCCAGCGCACUGGAGACCUGGGGCUUCCUCCGCAACUGUGGGGGCCAUUCACUGCCCCAGGGGCAUCGUGGGGAACCCCUGCGACAGCACCCCGACCACCGCCAUGAUGCCUCUGGACCCUGCGAUGCUUUCCAACAACACCGGGAACCAGGGCCACCUUGUCAGAGACCUGGACAUGCCAGAAGCCGGUGGCAUCACCAGACAGCAGGCUACGUCACCAGAGAUCCUCCCGAGCCACCAGAACUCCCUCUGGCCCUGUGGCGCUGCCACCAGAGAUGCCCUGCCUCGCUGCACUGCACCCUCGGACCUUCACUGCCCUGCCGGGCGCCCCUCCCUACCCUGCCCCAGGUGCCUCCUCCUCUGGGAGAAGUUGGGGGUUGGAGGGAGUGAACUGCAAGCCAGAGCCGGGGUGUGUCCCAGCCAGAGCCAGUCUCCCUUUGAGGGGGCAGGGACUACAGGGGACCAUCCAACCUGCUGGCCGAAGUGACGUGGCCUCUGGGCAACCUCUCUGCUGGUCACAGAGAGCUUCAUGCCCCUGGAUGGCCUCUGGGGCAGCACUGUUAAGCAAAGAUAGGAGAAGGGCAGGCCCCACAGCCCCUCGCUGGCCCCAGUGCCCUGGAGCAGCGGCCCUUGGGUCAACCAGCCAGCUGAUCGCUUGCACCCCUGGUAUAGACUGGCCCAGCGCUCCCUGGACCCACCUAUGUCCAGAGGUACUGGACAGCCAGAGUGAGCUUUGGGGGUGCGGGGCUGGGAGACAGGGGUGGUGGGUGUAAAUAAUAAUAUUUAUCUUUUCAACCAGCAUCUGUGAGGUUUGGGACUGUGCCGGGGCUGGGUGGAGAGUGCCUGGGGGACGGGGAGGCCACCUUCCAUGCUCAGGGCCGCAGUGGGUCAGGGUGCGUGGUGAGCCCUGUGAGCCGGUUGUGGGCUGAGGAGAACGGGUGGGUCCUACCGGGUCCUGUCGUCACCCAGGUGACGAGGACAGCUCUGUAAGGGAGUGAGUGAUGGGGGCAGAGGAUGGCACGGGCAGGGCACAGCUGGAGCAGAGGUGGCAAGGGGACCAGGGAGGAGUGUCCAGGCCCCAGGGGAGGAGCUCAGGUGGAAACAGGGAGCAGGCGGGGAUGGGAGGCCAGGAAAGGAAGAGCGAGCACACACAGGUUGUGGAUCCUUGGGGAGCCCGCGUCAGACACACGGCUCUGUCCUCCCUCCCAAGGGUCGAGGGGCGUUUAUCCACCAGCUCCUUUGGUCACAGGGGAGGCCCAGUACCAGGGGUGGUUAAUCCCCCUGCACUUCCCACCACCACUUGGGCCACAAGGAGGACAAGGGAGAGCACCCAGCCACAGCGGCAUGUGCAGGGAUGCGCCGAAACCCCACCCCCAGCCUCUGGGCCUCUGACCACAGGUGCACGCGAGGGCGUGUAGUGCCAGAGCGCCAGGGACGGGCCAGGGUGAUGCGCUGAGAGCCCUGAAGCUCCUUAGAGGGAAGGGAGGUGCUGUGGGUGGGGGAGGUGCUCGGGGUGUCCCUAAAAGCUGUGUGAGGCACCCUGCUCUGUCCAUUCCAGCUCUGUCCCCUUAAAUAGAGAGAUGGGGAGGGGGACCAGCUGAACAGGAGUUGUGGCAGGGGUGGGGGGGCAGGGAACGCCAGGACACUGAUAGGCCCACGGUGUCCAGAGCAACUGGGGGAGAAGCCCGUAGAGUCCCGGCUGGCAGGAGGGACCAGAAGUGACUGAUGAGGCCACCGCGGAGGCAUCUUUCUCGACUCUGCCUUCCACUCAGUUCCACUCCAUGGAGGGGGAGUGAGGAAAGGAGGCUUUUCUCGGGCGGUGUCCGGGCGUGGGGGCGGGGAUCACAGUGGCACAGGCCCCUCUCUCAAGCCAAAGAGCACAGUCGCUAAAACUGCCCUUCCUGGUCCAUUUCUCCUGGGGACCCUCCCUCAGGGGUGCAGAUCAGCAGUGGAGGAAGAACCACAGUGGGGUGUUUUGAUUUUCCACUUGGGUUCCCCCCACCUCCCUGAGUGUGACAGCAGACUCUGCCCUGGGGUCCUGGGCUUCCCCUCCAGCCUCCUCAGCCCCCUGCUGCUGCCUCCUCAGACCCCUCGGACCAGCAUGGGGAGGGAGUCAGGUCUCAGAAAUGCGCUUGUUAGGAGCGGAGGGAGACUCUGGAGCCCAGAUAAUAAUCCUUUCGCUGUAUGCACUUGCAGCUCUCUCUGCAGCCCACAGGAUCCCUUAUAACACUUAUUAUCCAGUCGUCACCUAGCUGAUGGAGGUGGGAACCAGCCCACUUUAUAGCUGAGCAAGCUGAGGCCUGGUGACUCCCCUGAGGUCGACAGUCCUCUGGCUCCGAGGCCAGGCCUCUUUCCACCCCUCAGUUGAUCAAGUCGCUGGGCUUGAAUCUGGGGACACCAGGACUGAUAGAGCAGCUCUGGGGGAGGAGGCAGCAAGGAGGCCUCAGCGUUUCCAGCCAGUGCAGACCCGGCCACCAGAAGCCUCUGGGGAUCUCUCUGCACCCACCCAGGCUCUGCCUGGCCCACACGAGGAUGCCUGUGGCCUCGGGAUCGUCCCAUCCACCCACCUGGCUUCAAACUCAACUGCCCAGCCUUGGUCCAAACACGGGGCGGUGCUUCCUGCGCUUCUCCAGCUACGAUGCUGUCAUGGACUGAGUGCUGACGGGGCGCCGCACGGCUGGGCCCCUCCCAUCUGCCCUCAUCUACUCUCUACCACCCACUGCAGCCGGUGCUGCUGCGCCCACUUAAUAGAUGGUGAAAGCAAAGCGCAGAGAGGCUGAGAGCUGCCCAAGGGCACCCAGCAGUGGCACGCCUGGGUGUGAGCCCAGGCUGGCCUCACUGAACCUCCACUGCGUUUAACUUUGUAGGGUGCCCCUCCCUGCCCUACUGCCCCCUCCAAGGCCCUCCCUGGGGAAAGUCUUCAGUUUCCCCCCAGUUCGUGGACAAACAGCGUGCAGACGCUAAGCUAGAUGUCAGAAUGGGGGUCUGAAGCGCGAGCCUCGGGGGACCCCCUCUGAACCCAGCCCGGUCUCCAGACCGACCGCAGGCUGCCAGCCUCCCAGCACCCCGCGCCCCUGCUCCAUCUCCACACGUCACCUCCUCCCUCGGCCUCCCGCCAAGCCCUGCAGAACCUGCUGGGCAGGCUCAGGGUCGAGAGAGGCCCAGGCCACAUAUAUUUUUCAAAGCUCCCGGUGUGCGCGAACACCAGUGAGAUCGGCAUUCGGAGAAAACUCCAGAGAGCACCUGGAGAACUCCAACCAGCCUGUCCUGGGCGCAGUGCCCCGCAGGGGACUGGAGUUGGUCCUGGGUUUGCUCUGCUUUAAAUGGUGGUAAAAUACGCACAAUGUAGGACUGAUAGUCUCGCCCGUGUUCAAGUGCACAUUCAGUGUCAUUAGUACAUCCACGAUGUUGUGCGACCAUCACCGCCCUCACAGAAACUCCGUGCCUUAAAUGCCCACUCCUGUUCCGCCUCCUUCCCCCAGCCCCUGGCCGCCACAGACUCACUUUCUGCCCCUCCAGAUUUGCCUGUUUUCGAUAUUUCAUAAAAGUAGGGCCAUGCAGUAUUUGUCCUUUUGUGAUUAUCUUCUUUCCCUUAGGGCAAUGUCAUCGAGGCUCAUCCACAGUGUAGGAGCCUGACCAGAACACCAUCCCUUCCUGUAGCUGAGUGGUCGAUAGUCAUUCCCUUAUCUGGACAAGGUGUGACAAUAAACCCUUCAUUUAUGCGUCCAUCAGGUGAAGGACACUUGAGUUCUUCCCACCCAGUCCGAGCUGCCGCCAGCAGCGCCACUCUGAACGCUCACGUGCACGUUUGCAUUUGAGCGCCACUUUCGACUCUCGGGGCAGAUGCGCGGCAGUGCCACUGCUGGGUCGGACGGCGACCCUCUGCUCAGCACCUCGGGGAUCCGCCGAACUGCCCUCCGCUGUGGCUGCUCCAUCUCACGUUCCCAGCAGUGGUGACCGAGGGCGCCCAUUUCUCCAUCAAAACUUAUGAUCCGUGUUUUUGAUGGCAGCCACCCCAGUGGGUGUGUUGGUCCCUGGUUUCUAAAAGAUUCAAGGCUCCCUGAGGGGACCGUGGGGCCCCAGUGAGGGAACAGAUCGGAUGGCGGGGGCUGGGGGGCCACAAGGGGUUUUACUCCCACAGAUGUCGGUGAGGAGCUGGCUGGCCCUGCUGUGCCCAGCCUCUGCGUGCUCGGUUGCGGAGAGGUGCACCCGGUCCAGACACCCCCACACUUGGAUAAGAGCGGUGUCAGCCGAGUGUCCCUCCCUAAGCACCCUGCCCGAGCACCAGUCCUUCCUUCCUCUGCCACAGGAGCCUCGCAAAGGGGCAGCCGGCCCCGCCCCACUCUCUCCAGCCCCGGCCAGGGCCCACUCGCCAGUCCCCAGAGUUUGUGCCCUGACGCACUUCUGACAGCUAUCGCGUCAUUGCAAUGACUGCCCUGUAAUCUAAUCAGACGUUAUGUUGACGGGUGACACAGAAGCGCACAGACGCCGGGUGAUGCUGCUCCUUCGGCAAACCCAGCUGAGUGGUCUGCAAGGCACAGUCUGAGACUCACACACACAAACCAGCUGCCCAGUUAGGGGCCUGAGACAGAUGUAAAUAGACGAGCAGGAGGAGCCUGUCCCGGGCCCCGCGGUCCCACUUGCCAGCCACUCUGCAAGGCCCUGUGCUCUGUCUCGAGGAGUCCAAAGUGGACGGCAGAGCCAGGGUCAGACUGGUGCAGAUUUCACAAGGAAGGAUGGACCCCCUGCUGAAGGAGAGGCCUUGAGGAAGGUCAGCGACUGUGUGCUCAUUCCUUAACGUGAAAAUAAAAUGUGUUUUAUGGGUUGAAUUGUUUCCAAAAGCAGUAUGUUGAGACCCUAACCCCAGUAUCUGGGACUGUGACCGUAUACGGGGUUUGUGCAGAUGGGAUGGAGUUAAGGUAGUAAGGCCACUGGAUGGAUCCCAAUCCAAUGUGACUGCAAGAAGUCGGGAAGAAGACAGGAAGAAGACAGGAGAUGCAGAGAUGCACGGAGAGAACGUCAUGCCACGUGCCACAGAGGCAGAGAGUGGUGUGACGUGGCUACAAGCCAAGGAGCACCAGGGUUGCCAGCCACCACCCACGUCAGGAAGAGACAGGAGGGGUCCCACCUGGUGUCUCAGAGGCAUGCCCUGCGCACACCUUGAUUUUGGACUUUUUGGGGUGCACUCGGACUGCUGUGUGAAAUACCAUAGACUGGGGGGCUUAAGCGACAGCACUUACUGCUCACAGUUCCGGAAGUCCAAGACCAAGGGGCCACCGGAGUCAGUUCCUGGUGAGAGCUCGCUCCCCAGCUUGCAGACGGCUGCCUCCUGCUGUGUGCUCACUGGUGAGAGUGAGAUCACCCCUCUCUUGUCUCUUCUUACGAGGGCACCAGUCCCAUUCAUGACAUAAUUACCUCCCCAAGGCCUCCGGGGACCACCACACUGGAGACUAGAGAUUAAACACAGAAUGGGGGGCGGGGGGCCCCACAGAAACACAUGGCCCAUAGCAGACUUCUGGCCUCCAGGCUGGGAGAGAGCCAACCCUGAAUUACGCCACCCAGCCUGUGACGGAUCAUUCGCUAAGGCAACCCAAGGAGCUGACUCAAUGCGUGAAGUAUAUAGGUGACGCUUUAAAGAUUCCCCUCUGAAUCGACUUUCUCAGUAACCCCAUCCCCCCCUCAGUCCCACUCAUCUGGGGUGAGUGCGCUCAGGGGUGAGUUAGCCAGAGGCUCCACCGCCCAGCAGCCUGGGUUCGAGCCUCGUCUCUACCACUGAAGCGUCACCCUGGAAAAGCUUCCUCGCUGCCCUGGGCCUCGGUCCCUUCUGCUGUAAAACAGGGUCACUCAGUCACGCAUCCCACACACAUUUCCCGAGCAGCAGGGGAGAGUGGCUAAGGUUCCCGUCUUACUGGAACUAAAUGAGGAAACACAUAAACAAGCAAAUACCCAGGACUGGGGUACGUGCUCUGAAGGAAGUGAAUCUUGCCCUGACCAGUGCGGCUCGGUUGGUUGGGUGUCGUCCUGCACAGCGAAAGGUCGGGGUUUCGAUGCCUGGUCAGGGCACAUGCCUGGGUUGUGGGUUCAGUCCCCGGUGAGGGGCAGCUGAUGU